UUAAUAUUUGGUGUGUCUUACAUUUCUAUAACUUAAAUCAUUUUAACUUCUUCAUAAAGCUAAUUGCUAACACAUUAAUCUCAUUAAUAUAACUCCCUCUCUUUAUAUCUCUUCCCAUUUUUGUGAUUUAUAUGCUAUAAUUCACUGUUGAUUUCAUAUGCUAAGUGGAAGAAACAUGAAGGAAAAAUCUAUAGAGAAGUUUUUUAUGUUGCCAUUUUCUGUAGUGUGUGGUUCUGAAUCAAGUGUUGCAGUGAGCAGUAGCAGCAGCCAAUCUGAGAAAACAAAGACUAAUCCAGCUGAGAAAACAAAAAGACUAGAAGGAGAAGAGAGCUCAUCAAGUGUAAAAAUGAAGAGCUUUUGGGGAUUUUUGGCCAUGACAAGACCAACAUUUUCACAAAAUAUUCGAAGAUUGAAAAGGCAUUUCAAAGGUUUCUCCCAAUUAUUUGUGCACAAAGAGGAAGAGGAAGAAGUGGAAAUGGAGAUAGAAAUAGGGUAUCCAACUGAUGUGAAGCAUGUAACACACAUAGGAUGGGAUGGAUCAACAACAAUUAACCCUAUCAAAGGAUGGGAAAAUUUGAAAACUCCUGAAUUAAUUUCUUUUCCUUCAAUUUCCAUUAAACAAUUUGAACUUGCUAUGGCUGCCCAAGCUGGUGGACCUGUAGAUGUGAAUAAUAACCAUUGUGCUUGACUUUAAUAUUUUUAUUUGUAAUUUCAUCUUGUUUUUCAUUUAAAUUCUGUCAGUUUAUAUUUUUUUCUCUUUUGUGAGGGUGGAGAAAAUUGAUUGUCCUCGAGUGUUAUUAUGGGAUUGGGCUUGUGGGAAUUAGAUUGUAUAGAUAUUGUUAAAAUUAGUAAAAGAAACUUUUUUUUUUCUUUUGGAAAAACCAAAUUUGUCCCUGAACUUCGU